AUGGAUCUCAUGAUAUGUUCGAUGUGCGGUGCUCAACACGACACACGAUCAGCCAAGUCGUGCAAGGUAUGCGAUGAUCCGCGACAAUAUAUCCCUCCAGAAGGCUAUUUCCUGGCCCUCCCUGGCUGUGAAUGCAGGCAAUCAUGGACAACGCUCCGCGAGCUGCAACGGUCCCAAAAAUACCACAACCAGUUCCGCAUGAACAAAAAUCACUCCGGCCUCAUUAGCAUCUACACCGUGCCGCAGGUAGCCAUUGGCCAGCGUGCCAUUCUCUGCUGCACAUCCGCCGGCAACGUGCUCUGGGAUUGCAUCACUUACAUCGACGAUGAGACCGUCCGCCGCAUCAACGAGCUUGGCGGCAUCGAGGCAAUCGUCAUCUCGCAUCCGCACUUCUACUCUACCUCCGUUCAUUGGGCGGAGACAUUUGGUUGUCCCGUCUACACAUCCGCUGAGGACCAAGAGUGGCUGAUGCGACGGGCUCCGGUAACGAAAACAAUCUCUGCUGCACAAAGCAAAGACGGCCCGGAGAAGUUUACUGGAAUCGGUUUGUGGGAAGGCGGUCAUUUCCCUGGAAGCUCUGUGCUGUUGUGGAAGGAGACGAAGAAGCUGCUUGUGGCGGAUAGUGUCAUGGUGGUACCCAGCGGAGUGUACCAUGUUGACCGACUCCCGGGCACCACGUCUUUCACAUUCAUGUGGUCGUAUCCGAAUUUUAUCCCACUUCCCCCAGACGACGUAUAUGGGAUCUGGAAAGCGAUCGCAGACCUCUCCUUCGACGACACGCAUGGAGCCUUUUGGGGACGCGAUACGAUCGGUCAGAGCAAAAAACGGCUUCUGGAAAGUGCCCAGAUCUACGUAAAGUCCACGGGAUACGCAGAUCAUGCGAUUCAUCAGGUGAAGAUCGAGGGAUAG